AUGGCUUCGCGGCGCAAGGUCCUGCUCAAGGUCAUCAUCUUGGGAGACUCUGGAGUCGGAAAGACGUCUCUCAUGAACCAGUAUGUCAACAAGCGGUUUAGCAACCAGUACAAGGCGACGAUCGGCGCCGACUUCCUCACCAAGGAGGUUGUGGUCGACGAUAGGCUCGUCACGAUGCAGCUCUGGGACACGGCCGGCCAGGAGCGUUUCCAGUCGCUCGGCGUCGCCUUCUACCGAGGAGCCGACUGCUGCGUCCUCGUCUACGACGUCAACUCGUCCAAGUCUUUCGAGACGCUCGACAGCUGGCGCGACGAGUUCCUCAUCCAAGCCUCCCCUCGCGACCCGGAGAACUUCCCCUUCAUCGUGAUCGGCAACAAGGUCGACAUGGAUCCCUCGAAGCGCAUGGUCUCGCAGAAACGCGCGAUGACUUGGUGUGAAUCCAAGGGAAAGAUUCCGUACUUUGAGACGUCGGCCAAGGAUGCGACGAAUGUCGAGCAGGCGUUCCAGGCGGCGUGCAGGAAUGCGCUCGAGCAGGAGGGCAAUGCGGACGUGCUCGACGACUACCCCGACCCCAUCCGGAUCAACGCCCACGACGCCGACGCCAAGUACGGCUGCAGCUGCUGA